ACAUCCCUAGUCCUGAUCAAAUCGGCGUUUUUGUCCCGUCGAGUUUAUAUCAAAGUAGACAGGGCAUAACUCUGAGGGAAAGACAGCAGAGUGCGUGUUUUUUUGUAAGACAGCGGAGUGGUGUGUAAUUGAAUUGUAGUGAAUCUGCGCGUAACACCGCCCCUUCAAGCGGGGAUCAGCCUCUUCCGCGCCGCGCACAGAUCCGCCCUGACCGGGCUAACUAACAGAAGAGAGGCAAUGAACGAGUGAUUGAGAUAUAGAGGGAGAGAGAGAGAGAAAGAGAGCGAGGAAAGGACACACAUCAAUACUUCAGAGAUCGGACCGUGUUAAAGGGAAAACCUGUGUAAUUCCUGAGAGACUUGAGGCGCACAUACGGACUUUGGAGAAGAGAUUGGGACUAUCCUAGAGGAGCACAUACAACAACAAUUUAAACAGACUUUAGACAUUAAAUGCGUGACCAUGACGGCAGCUGUCGACAUGAAGCCGUUAACAAUAAUUAAAUCCGAAAAACUAGACGAUCUGGAAUGUGCGGAUGUCCCUUUACUCACUCCAGGAAGUAAAGAGAUGAUGUCACAGGCUCUGUUGGCCACGUUCAGCGGCUUCACCAGGGAGCAACAGCGACUCUCCAUCCCAAAAGACCCACGGGAGUGGACAAAUGCUCACGUGAGAGAAUGGUUAACCUGGACGGUGAAUGAGUUCAGUCUGAAGAAUGUCGACUUCCAUAAGUUCAGCAUGGACGGGGCCACUCUCUGCGCUCUGGGUAAAGAACGCUUCCUGGACCUCGCGCCAGACUUCGUGGGUGACAUCCUGUGGGAGCAUUUAGAGAUGCUGCAGAAAGAAGACCAGAAACAUUUCCCCGUCAAUGGUCUGACCUCCAGUUUCCAAGAAUCCCGUUACUCCUCAGACUACUUCUUCAAUUAUGGCAUAGAGCAUCCACAAUGCGUCCCUCCUUCAGAAUACACAGAACCGAGCUUCAUCACAGAGUCGUACCAGACCCUUCACCCCAUUAGCUCGGAAGACCUGCUGUCGCUUAAAUAUGAGAACGACUAUCCGAACGUCAUCCUGCGAGAUGCCCCUCUCAAUCCGCUGCAGGGAGAUUACUUCACGGUCAAACAGGAAGUUGUGUCACCUGACAAUAUGUGCGUGGGCAGAAUAAGCAGAGGUAAGCUCGGAGGCCAAGAUUCAUUCGAGAGCAUCGACAGUUUCGAGAGCUGCGACAGGCUGACUCAGUCCUGGAGCAGUCAGUCGUCGUUCAACAGCCUUCAGAGAGUUCCCUCCUAUGACAGCUUUGACUCAGAGGACUACCCCACCGCACUGCACGGACACAAACCAAAGGGUACCUUCAAAGACUACGUACGGGAGCGAUCGGACCUCAGCAAAGACAAACCAGUCAUCCCGGCAGCUGCGCUCGCUGGGUACACAGGCAGUGGACCCAUCCAGCUCUGGCAGUUUCUGUUGGAGCUCUUGACAGACAAAUCCUGCCAGUCUUUCAUCAGUUGGACCGGAGACGGCUGGGAGUUCAAACUUUCUGACCCUGAUGAGGUUGCACGUAGGUGGGGCAAGAGGAAAAACAAGCCUAAGAUGAACUACGAGAAGUUGAGUCGCGGUCUACGCUACUACUACGAUAAAAACAUCAUCCACAAGACGUCCGGCAAACGUUACGUCUACCGCUUUGUGUGUGACUUGAAAAGCCUGCUGGGAUACACUCCUGAAGAGCUCCACACCAUGUUAGAUGUGAAGCCUGACACGGAUGAGUAAACUCCGGACUGGAGAAAGAGGAGAUUGAGGCUGAAAAUGUCCCUCAGACACCCUAGAGUCAAUUUCCGGCUCCAGUCACAUUUUAUCUGAACACUUAGUGGUGGUCAGGUCUUGUUUUGAGCUCAUUGAAGAGACAAAAGAAAGCAUCACAACAUUUACCAAAGUUUAUGACGUGUGGACUUGUCUGUAUUGUUUAUAGCUCUGCGGAGGAAGAGAAAACUGUAAGUUCAGGUAAAAAUGCCAUUUUGACUCAGUAGCACGAACAGCAGACUGCAAAAGCAGAGAAAUACAAGGACUUCUCGGACUGGUCAUUAACACGUUGCCAAAAUUAGAGACAAGAGGAAUAUCGCAGAAAUAUUUACUACUACGUUUUGUUUUCUGUUUCUCUCUCCUUGCAUACACAACACGAGGAAGAGUUCUCAGCCGGACCAAAAUAACGAAAGGUGUUUGUUUAUUUUUUUAUUGUUGUCUAAAGAUAUAUAUGUGUGCCAGUAUUAAUUUGUGGAGAUCACUUGCUGUUUUAUUAUUGUCUGGACAGAGAUUGUGUCGUUUGUACAUUUUCAUACGCAGAAGAUGAAGGAUUAUUAAAGUCGUGCUUAGACAUUCCCCCGCUUUUAAGGUCAUAGUUGGUUGUGUUCUGCUCUUACCACAAUGUCCGUGCCUGAAAAGACUGUUUUUGAUCAACGAAUCAUAACAGAUACCAAAGUCUCGCCUCAUUUCUGUUGAAGGAGACGCAUCUCAGUCAAACUGAGAGUUGGCGAGAGGCACGUUUGAAAACGGCCGUUGACUGCUCAGCGGUGACACACCAUCCACCAAUGAGUCUGUGGUAUAAAAAGAUCCCUGUGCGUUCAAGACUGGUUAUAUUAAGACAAAAAACAUCAAACAUUUCUUGUCUUUUUUGUACACUUCAUUUUCCUCUGUAAAGCGUUGCCUUAAUAGGAUCUAUAUGACUGUAUUUGUUAUCGUGAGGUUGAUUGAAAAGUGUCGGGUAGGUUACGACCGAAGCUUCUUUUCAACAAUUUUCAAACUAAUCUGUUCGUUUUAACUGAUCCAAAAGCCAUAAACUCAAGAUGUUUGAGAAGUGCUGUGUAAAACAUUCUCACCUUGAUGAAGACGUUAUUGAGCCAUGUUUUAAAGUACAGAUUGCGUUAAGUAUCGUUUGUGCUUCGGAAAGUGGAGAAAUAUCUACUCUGUAGUGUUUGGUUUUGUUUUAAAGAUGGAUUUAGAAAGUGGCUGUUGGCGGUUUAUUGCCGGUUUAUUGCGUGUAAAAGCGUCCGCACGCUUUAUUUCCCCACGCCGUUGAUGUUCUAUUGGCAUGGUUAGCUGUGGCGAAUACCGCUAUGUCAAAGGAGAUAGUAAUGCACAAAGGAAAAUCGAAGUUUGUGGUUUUUCGAUGCAGUAUUAUGGACAUUUAAUUGUUUUAGUCAUCACUGGCUGUUCUUUUUCGUUUACAUUACAGCUUCCACGUUAGCGUUUAGUCUUUUACUUUUUAAAGUAAAAAAAGAACUAAAUAGGCAAUAAAGUUUAUUUUGCGCUGGCUUUUAUUGUGCCGAACGUCAUUUGGGCUGUGUUUCUGUGUGGGAAGGGUCUCACACACAAGACCUUGUGAGAAAAGCCAAAGUAGAGAACGUUCAAAGAAAACAAAUAUUAUUGUUUACAGUGGUAUUAUGCUACCCAUUCCGGGUAAUGUAGCUUUGGAAUUUUUACAGAUGGCAUUUCAUAAAGUUGCUGUAUUAAACAGAAGCCAGAGACAGAACGGUUGUCAUGUCCACAGUCAUGAGGUAUUUUUGCAGGAGAGCCGAAAAGAAAUAUCUCCUUAAUUCAGUGAUAAAUGGUGUGUUUCAACCAACAUCUGAACAAGUCUGUUGUUUUCUCGAAGUUGAAGGGCUUGAUAGAUUUGUUCACAUUAGAGAUUAGAGAUGUUACUUGUUAUUAAACCACACAUGAGAAUGGCAGGGAUAUGUUACGUGGAAACUUUCUUUUUUGGACGAGAUCCCAGAUAUGAUUGUAAUAAUUGCAAACUUGAUGCAUUUGUGAAACUGAACACUUUUGACAGAUGCAUACAUGCAUAUACAUACUGAUGAGUGUUUUUCUCUUUUAUUUCCCCACGGUUUUGCCUUAUUUUGUAUAUUUUAUAUUUCUGUAUUUUUUGUUACAUGGGAAUUUUAAUGUAUUCAGUUCACAAACAUUUGAUACUUUUCAAUAAUUUAUAUUUUAUAAACUUUGAAAUAUAAGAUGCAGACAGCUGGUGCUUUCAUGGGAAAAUUAAGGUAGCGCAGGACAAAAUGUAGCGAAUUUUCUUUUUAUACGAAAAAGAGAAAACAAGAAAAAUGUUGAAUAUAAGGAAUUUAAAGACCUGUCUGCAGUUAUACGGUUGUGUAUAGAUAUGGCUGAUGCUGGCCCAUCAAUAUGUUCCGCUGGAGAGUUUUAUAAACAGUAGCUUCUAUUUCUUAUUGUACUUUAAAUUGUUAUGUUAUAAAAUAUAUGUGGAGAAAACCACCCGUGUGCUUUAUUCUUAUUGUAAUAAUGCUGAAUCAAAUGUUGCAUGAAAGAGAUACACCCAUACCAACAUUGUCCCACAAACACACACUUGCACAAACUCAGGUACAAAGAUACUACACACGCACUUCUCACCUUGCUCGCUCUGUGCAGGGUUUGUGGCAGAUUUGUGGUUGCAUGUAUUAUGAUUCUUGGUUAAAUGAGCAGCUUCUUUCUUUCAUUGCUAAUCAUCACACAUACCACAUCUGCAGGUUUUCAUAUAGCACAGCUAUUUGUGGACAGUCUUAUCAUGGAAACUCAAAGACUUUUACCUUUAAGCAUUCUAAUUAUUGGUGUGUGCAUCACCUUUGGGCUGUUUGAUGGGCUCUAGUGGCUUCUGAGAAUUCACGGGUUUCUGAGGACGAACAGUUUUAUUGUGAAGUGACUGUAAAAAAAAACAGGAGAGCAAUGGGGAGUCCAUUCGUUGUAAUGUAACAUCAUAGUAAAAUAAAUCAACUUAACUAUAAAUGAAUAAUUGAAUACAUUAAAAUAAAUAAAAACAGUAUGUCCUUUUUCUCAUUC